UGGAGGCUCUAACAUAAAGUUCCGGUAAGGGCGGCUGCUCGAAGUGAAGUCUCUAUCUGGAAUUAAAUAACUAAUAAAAGGGGUUUCCUCCUCUUUUUACAACCGGCGUUUUCACAACAAACAUGUCCAAGUCUUUGAAGAAGAUCGUGGAGGAGAGUCGGGACAAGAACAUCCCGGAGGUGGAUAUGUGCGACAGGGGCAUCUCCAACAUGCUGGACAUCCCCGGACUGUUCACGCUGUCCAACAUCACUCAGCUGGUCCUCAGCCACAACAAGCUCACAGUUGUGCCCGCCAACAUCGCUGAGCUGAAGAACCUGGAGGUUCUGAACAUGUUCAACAACCAGAUAGAGGAGCUGCCCACGCAGAUCAGCAGCCUGCAGAAGCUGAAGCACCUCAACCUCGGGAUGAACCGUCUGAGCGGCCUGCCGAGAGGAUUUGGGUCGCUGCCGGCUCUGGAGGUUCUGGACCUGACCUACAACAACCUGAACCAGGCCUCGCUGCCCGGGAACUUCUUCUACCUCACCACCCUGCGAGGUCUCUACCUGAGUGACAACGACUUCGAGGCGCUGCCCGCUGAGAUCGGGAAGCUGAGCAAGCUCCAGAUCCUGAGUCUCAGGGACAACGAUCUCAUCUCGUUGCCCAAGGAGAUCGGGGACCUGGCUCAACUCAAAGAGCUCCACAUCCAGGGCAACCGGCUGACGGUCCUCCCCCCUGAGCUAGGUAAUCUGGAUCUGACGGGUCCCAAGCAGGUGUUCAAAGCAGAGAACAACCCCUGGGUCACUCCCAUCGCAGACCAGUUCCAGCUGGGCGUCUCCCACGUGUUUGAAUACGUCCGCUCAGAGACCUACAAGUAUCUCUAUGGCAGACACAUGCAGGCCAACCCGGAGCCUCCGAAGAAGAGCAACGACAAGACGAAGAAGAUCAGCCGCAAGCCGCUGGCUGCCAAGAACAAAUGAAGAGGAGACGAAGAGGAACGCUCACCCCGCUCGAACAAAUCACUGCAUGUGCCUUUCUAUUUGUUUUUACUGUAAUAUAAUAAACAUUUUUGUAUUUCAUUUAAAUGUAUUGAUCCCGUUUCUCCAUAAGUCGUGAGACAUAUAGUUUAGACUUUAUUCCACUGGAGUACAGAUGGAUGUUUUUAUGUUUAUUUUUUUGGUGCUACUUACUUUCAGUGCUUACACACAUUAUGUAACUAUUAUAAACACUUCAAUAACCACUCAGAAUGUAUUAAUAUAAGACGCCAAAGACACACGUCAACAUCUUAAACAGGUUCUCAUGGGGCAGCGUUAUUAAUCAUCAUUAAUUAAUGCUGAUUCAUCUGGAAGUAUGAACCCUCAUGACGAAGCGUCCUUCAUUCUGACUGGAUGGCACUUUUUUGCUGAUUCGGCAUCUUUCACCCGAUUGUUGUUUUGAACACUUUCUGUUGAUCUGUAACAUUCACAUGUCAAAAGACUCACGCUCGUCAUGAAUCGCUGUAUUUAACUUUUUUCUACUUCUACUGAAAUAUUAAUGCUUUUUUUAAGUGAACAAACUUCUCGUUGAACGGGGUUCGUCAUGGAAUUUUAAAAAUUGUGAUUUUCCAGGCCUGAAAAUAUCCAAAAGUUUUGGAAAAGUCAUGUUUAUUUCCACCGUUUGAUUAAAAGAAUAACAUUUAUAUACAUAUGUAUUAUUUAAAUCAAACUAUUACGGUAAUGAAGGUCUGGAGAUGUGGUUUAGAGUCCUGGUUGAACUUCUACUUCUUUAAGUAGUGAAAUGCACUCGAGCUUUGGGACUCGUCAUGUUCGGUUCCUUCAUGUUUCAGCUCUGCAUUUUAUUUCACGUUUCAGUUUUCAAACACAUUUUCUAUCACAAAAGCUUCUUUUUUUUGUAUUAUUUUUAUUUUUUACUCUUUACGACAGACUUAAAACACGUUUGCAGGUUAUUUUGGUAACUUUCUGACGGUUCUUCACUCAGUUUGUUUGUAUUCUCUGAAUCGUGAAUAUUACACCCUCGCCCUGUCUCAUUUUCUGACUAUCUCUCUAUUUUUGUAUCCCCCUCUCUCUAUCUCUAAAUUAACAGAAUAUAAUAUGUGUGUAAAGAAAGUAGAGAAAAGAGCUGCAUGACAUCACAGCAUAUUGUUUCAUAAGUUAUGACUCGUAUCUGUCGGCUCAGUCUCGCCUGCAGUGACCCGUUGACUCACCUGAGACUCGCCGCUCCUUCUCUCUCAAAGCGUUUCCACGUGUCCGUCACAUUUCACCGCUGAGCUCAUCACCGGCCAAACACAAACUCAAAGUAUCAUCUCCAGAAUACUUCAAAUAAAACGAUCCCAACACA